GUUUCGUUCCGUCUACGAACCGCAUCAGCCGUUGCGAACGCCCCCGGAGCAAGCAGUUGCGCGUGGCUGUAUGGGGUCUCGACCGGUAAUCUUUGUGUUACCAUAAAAGCGGGCCGAAGUUUUUGGAACGGAACAGUCGAGUUCUAGGAGGCAAUGGGCAACAGCCAAGGCAAGCCCGUCGACCUCGACGGUGAGGUGAACCUAAACCAUUUCCGCCUCCUCAGAGUCGUCGGCCGGGGUGCCUUUGGCAAAGUACGGAUUGUCGAGAGGAAAGACACGGGCCUGUCGUUUGCUCUUAAAUACAUCCGGAAAGACGAAGUGGUGCGGUCUGAGAGUGUGCGCAAUAUCAUACGGGAAAGACGAAUGCUUGAGCAUGUGAACCAUCCGUUCAUCUGCAACUUGCGGUACAGCUUCCAAGACAUCGAAUACAUGUACUUGGUUGUCGACCUCAUGAGCGGCGGUGACCUGCGCUUCCAUAUUUCGAGGAAAACGUUCACCGAGGAGGCCGUCAGGUUCUGGAUAGCCGAGCUAGGUUGCGCACUGAGGUACAUUCACGGCCAGGGGAUUAUCCACCGCGAUGUCAAGCCGGACAAUGUGCUGCUUGACGCCGACGGACAUGUGCAUCUAACAGACUUCAACGUUGCAUCAGAUGUCGUCCCAGGCAAAAUCCUAACCAGCAAAUCAGGCACUUUGGCCUACCUGGCACCCGAAGUCUAUGCGGGGCAUGGGUACGAUGUUCGGGCAGAUUGGUGGUCAUUAGGUGUGCUGUUCUAUGAGUGCAUCUACAGCAAGAGGCCAUUCGAAGGCAAUUCCGAAUCCUCUCUGAGCGCUGUCAUCCAAGCGGCCAGGCCGAAAUUCCCAGUCACGAACCCCCCCGUAUCGUUGCCCUGCAUGUACGCCAUCAAAGACGCCUUGGAAGCCGACCCAAAUAAGCGCCUCGGUUCCACGUGGGAAAGCUUCACCCAGCACGAGUUCUUCUCGUGUAUCGACUUCGUCGCGCUGGAGAGGAAGGAGAUCGAACCGGUGUUUGUGCCAUCGUCCGAGAAGACCAACUUCGACGCUACCUACGAUCUAGAGGAGCUGCUGCUGGAGGAGGCUCCGCUCGAGGCACGCGCGCGGCGACAGAAGCCUCGUGAAAAGCUCAAGGAUGACGCCACUGACAAGGAAAUCCGCGAGGACGAGCUGUACCGCAUGAUCGAAACCGACUUCCGGCCGUUCGACUACACAGUGGCAGCCUAUAAAAAGAUCACACAGCAGCAAGAAGCAAUAGCGAACAACGCCACCACAACAACAACAUCACAAGACCCCAACAAUCCGAAUGCCCAACCUCAACCCCAAGCCCUCACAACCGACGAAGCCACGCCUGCCCCAACCGCCACCACCACCAACGGCUCCCCGUCGCCACAGCAACAACAACAACAGCAGCAGCAGCAGCAACAGCGUGCCGCGAUAAACCACCAACGGCGCGGCGCACCGGGGCGGCCGCCGCCCCCGCUGCCUCCCUAUCCCCAAGCCUACACGACGGGCGCCAAUAGCACGGCGCGCACGGGCCGGGGGAUGGUCGUGGGGAGUCCGACGGGCGGGGUGCAGGUGACGCUGGACGGGGGCAGCAGCUGGAGCGACCUGGCGCGGCAGGACGCGACGCUCCCCGCCGACGCGGCGGGCGCCAACAACGAGCUGGCCGGCGGCGCGGGGGCUAAGAGCCAGGCGGAGAGCUCGGGCGGCGUGUUUGGCUUCUUCCGCGGGAAGAAGGGGCGGGGAAACAGUCCGAAGCCGAAGGAACGGGGUGUGUUGGGGAAGGAAGGGGCCCGGGUCAUUCUUGGGUGAUUUUAUCAGAUUUAUGUUGCAUUGCGAUACAUACCAUACCGUCAUGGAUCACUGCGUUGUGUGGGUGGAUGGAUGGAACACUCUCAAUCCGGGAGAAGGGAGGCUGAGAGUGAGGGCACCGCGGCUGGGAUGUACGCCGUGGCGCUAGGGGUGACGU